GAACAUGGCUGCGCCCACAGGACCGAGAGGACCGUCCGCCUCCAUCCCGACCGGGUUUGAAGGUUUUCCGUUUGCGGUGGGCGGCAGAGCAUCGAAGGACGGCUCCGGUAAAGAGCAGGAGCAGACCGGGGAGGUGAAGAAGAAGCCGUGCAGGGCUUGUACGGACUUUAAAUCGUGGAUGAAGGUCCAGAAGAAACAGACGACAGCUGCUACACAGGAGACAGGAGCUGCUGAGUCAGAGCCACAGGAAGACCCACAGUGUCCACUGGACAGGGGAGAGCUGGGGCGAAACACCUGGUCCUUUCUGCACACCAUGGCAGCGUAUUACCCCGACCGUCCGUCUUCCACCCAGCAGCAGGAGAUGGGGCAGUUCAUCAACCUCUUCUCCAAGUUCUUCCCCUGUGAUGAAUGUGCAGAAGACCUGAGAGAAAGAUUAAAAACCAACCAGCCGGACACCAGCAGCCGCCACGCUCUGUCCCAGUGGUUCUGUCGUCUCCAUAAUGGCAUCAACAUCCGGCUGGGGAAGCCUGAGUUCGACUGCUCCCGUGUGGACGAGAGGUGGAAAGACGGAUGGAAAGAUGGUUCCUGUGAUUGAAGGAUUGCGUCGGGACUGAGCUCGCGUCUCUGUCGUGGAGAGACUUCAUGUGAUGAGAAUGAGUCUAUCUCUGUGGUUAGUUAACACAACUGCUCUGGUAAUAAAACAUAAGGAUACAAAACAAACGUGCAUUCCUCUCUGUUUCUCACGUCACGGCUGCGACUCACGGUAAAAACGAGUUUCACUGAAUCUGCUGUGAUUUCAGGUGAUUGAGGGGAUUUAAAAAAAAAAAAAACGUGGGAUUCAAAUUCUGCACGCAGUCUUUUGUGAAAUUGAAAACGUGCAGGGAAACAUCUUCUCAACGCUCCCUUUAAGAUUUAUUUGCUGUUUUACUGCUUCGCUGCGUUACCAGGCCGACUGCGACCUGAAUAUCUGUGCACACGCUGAACUGUUCAUUUUUCUUGCAUUGAAGUCCAGACUCAAGCUGGUGUUUUUCGAUUGAUAAAUUAUUUACAUCUGUGUUUUCUGUUAUUAGCUGCAGUUUGGACUCGUGUUCGACCCAGAGUGUCAACAGCAACACAAAAUCGCAUAUAUUCUUAAAAUGUGUGAAAAAUAUUUAUCACAAAACUUAUAUUUGACAUGGUAAUGAUUACAGACUGUUUCUUCAUUGUAAUACCUCUCUGUUUGUGUGUUGUGAGGUGCUUUACCUGGAGAGUAUGUGUGUUUUGUUUUUGCAUAAUUCAGUGCUGAAAUAAGAAAUAUUUAAAUUUUCUAAUUAAAUUAUCAUUUAAGUGUGA